UCCAGUCUGAGACCCGGCAGGAACCCUAACCUUCCCCCCCCCCCCCCCCCCCCCCCCCCCCCGAGCCGCCGCCAGACCACCCCGCCGCUUCUCCUUCCACCUCUUCUCGCGCCGGCGUCCGUAUCUCCUGCGCUCGAGCUUAGCUGAGCUAUUAUGGGCAAGUCGGGCAAGAAAUCCGUUGUUGCGGUUGCACCUGCUGCUGUCUCGGUCCCAGAGGGCAAGUCUGCAAAGAAGGGGAAGAGAAAUGCGGAAGAUGAGAUUGAGAAGGCAGUCAGUGCGAAGAAGCAAAAGACUGUACCUGUAAAGGUUGAGCCAGUGAAGAAGCAGCCCCCUCCCAAAAAAGUUGAGAGCAGUAGCUCUGAGGAAGAUUCUGAAGAUUCUGAAGAUGAGGUUAAGGUCCAGCCAAAGAUGGCCUCAGAUGAUGAUAGCAGUGACAGUGAUGAGAGCAGCGACGAGAGCUCCUCAGAUGAUAAGCCUGCUGCUCAGCUAAAGAAGCCGUCAGUUGCCACCGUGCAAAAGAAAACCCAAGAGUCUGAUAGCUCUGACAGCGAUUCCGAUGAUGAAUCAGAUGAGGAUUUGCCUGUUAAAGCUCCAGUAGUAGCCAAGAAAAAGGAAGAGUCGAGUGAGAGUUCUGAAUCUGAAUCUGAGUCCGAGGAUGAGGAUAACAAUGCUAAAACAGUGAAGCCUGCAAAGGCUGCUGCUCCUAAGAAGAAAGAGGAAUCUAGUGAUAGCUCAGAAUCUGACUCUGAGUCAGAUUCGGAUUCUGAUGAACCUGAAAAACCUACUGAUGCUGCAAAAAUGCCUCUAGCAACAGAUAACAAGAACAGACAAUCCAGUGAUGAAUCUGAUGAUAGUUCUGAUGAGAGUUCUGAUGAAAGUGAUGAGGAGCCUCCUCAAAAGAAGCCAAAGGCUGUCACUGAGGUUUCAAAGAAAGAAAGCAGCAGUGAUGAAGAAGAAGAUAGUGAAGAGGAAAGUGACGAACAGGCUAAAACUCCCAACACAAAAUCGGCACAGAAAGAAGUGUAUUAUUUCUUCCAGGCCAAAACUCCUGCCAAAAACCAUAGUCAGUCUGCUGGAUCGAAGACGAUUUUUGUUGGGAAUUUAUCCUACAGUGUAGAUCGUGAACAAGUUAAGCAAUUUUUUGAGGAGGCUGGUGAGGUUGUAGACGUUCGUUUGCCUACUUUCGAGGAUGGGCGCAUGAGAGGCUAUGGUCAUGUUGAAUUUGCUACAGCUGAAGCUGCUCAGAAGGCACUUGAAUUUGCUAAUCAUGACCUGAUGGGGCGGCCUGUGAGGGUUGACAUUGCCGUUGAGAGGGGCGCGUACACUCCUGGCAGCGGGAUGGACAAUGGUUCUUUCCACAAAUCUGCUCCAAGGUCAGGCAAUACUGUAUUUAUUAAAGGCUUUAACACAUCUAGUGGAGAGGAUGAGAUCCGAAGCGCUCUUGAAGAACAUUUUGGUUCUUGUGGAGAGAUUGUUCGGAUUUCAAUUCCAAAGGAUUACGAAACUGGUGCACCCAAAGGGAUGGCGUACAUGGACUUCAAGGAUCCGGAUUCCUUGAAUAAAGCAUAUGAGCUGAAUGGAACCGACCUUCAUGGCUACAACUUGUAUGUUGAUGAGGCAAAGCCUAGGCCUGAUAACAACAGAGAUGGUGGCUUCAGUGGUGGCAGGCGUGGAAGUUUCAGUGGAGGAAGAGGGAGAAGUGACAGGGGCCGAGGUGGCCGUGGACGUGACGGAGGACGUGGACGUGGAUUUGGUGGAAGGGGUGACAGAGGCCGUGGAGGUCGGGGCACUCCAUACAAGCAGAGCGCUGGUACAGCUAGUACAGGAAAGAAGACAACAUUCGGUGAUGACGAGUGAAGCUUUGGCAUGCGGCUAUAGUGAAAUGCGAACACCUUUUGUCUUGUACCCUGAAACUUAUGUUAUAUGUUCGCCUAUUUCGUGCUGUGAUGCUGCAUGCUUUGCAAUUUUGACAUUUUCUGAACCUAUUCAGACAUUAGUUAUGAAAGUAUCUCGUGGACGUGUGAUCUGUCAUGGUACUUGUGCAUUGCAAUUUUAUGAUGAGGGUAGUAUGUUCUUUUA